AGACAUAUCCGAGCCGUCACAUCUCUGCCAAUUAAUGUCAACAUCGUCCGUGCAAGCCGAAAGCGACUUGUCCACCGUACUUCCCUCAUGCUCUAGCUCAAAUGUUACCCUCAAUAAUGAUGUGCUCACAAUGAUUUUCGAGAAAGUGGCUACAUUUGGAAAUAUCAAGGAUGUUCUGGAAUUGAGAACCGUUUCCUCAUGGGCAGCAUACGGAAUUGAUCGCUCUCUAACGAGAAAUACACAUAUCAAAGUCGAUAUCCGUUCUCCAAUAGAAUUUCGAAUUACUGGACUCAAGAAAGAGAAACUGCCCGUACCAGAGCCAGUGAUCUACAUUCAGGGAUCCCGAGUAACUCCUAAAGCUGCCAUCAAACUUCUAAAAUUUCUCAUUGGCAAAAUGCGAACGAUCACAGAACUCUCAUUGAACAUCGAAGAUUCCGAUCUAACCACUUUCAAUGCACUUUUAGAUCAGCUGAUACAAGCUGAUAACGUGAAACUUGAAGUUCUACGGCUGAAGAGAGUAAAAGGUGGUCAGAGCAUACCCAAAGUCUGUGAUCUAAUCAUGGCAAAUGCUGAUACAUUGCGAAUUGUUGGUCGAAUUGGACUUUCUGAAGCACGUGCAUUAAAUUCAUCUAUACAUUUGGAACGUUUGUCGCUGAUGACGUUUGAUCUCGGUUUUGAAGCAUCGCAUACGGAUAUCUGUGAACAUAUGCUUGCUAUUGCUAGAAGUGGAACCACAUUCAAGCACCUGUCUUACACGAGCUUUGUUGGGUUUGAUCCUACAGAUGACGUUGUUCAGACAUUCCUUGACCGCUGCCAAGUGACGAGUCUUCGCUUGACGAUGAUGCGAGGUCCUUACAUUCCACCUCAGCCAGAUUACAUGGUCGGAAAGGUACGCCAAAUAGAUCAUCUGGAGCUGGGCGAAGUGGUUGACAAGCCGAACAUCUUCAACUCGCUGGUCACCUACGAGAAAGUUUUUAAGAAAGUUUUCCCAAGCGUACAGGACAUCCACUAUUUCCAGCACUGGUAACCCUCGUAUGUGCCCCUUACUGUAUAUAGACCCUAUUUCCUCACCAGAAAUUUCCCUCCGACUUCUAUCCGUUGACCUCAUUCAUUCGAGGAGCUCUGUUCGUUUCGGUGCUGUGUUCAUUGUUGUAUCCUUGUGACGAACGGUAUCUCACCCGCUGUUGAUUUACCGCAAAUUUUUAGAGAUUUCUAUGAACCUGAUGUAUGUGCGAUGAGC